AGGGGCAGGGCAGCUCGUCGUACUCGGCGAUGGGGGAAGGCGGGAGCCUCCCACGCGCAGGCAGCGCGGAUGGCAGCCGCUGAGACGGGGAGGGCGGAAGGACCCCGCGGGGCGCACGAGGCUGAUGGAGCUAAACUGGACAGCUGUUCCUGACUUUACCCAUCAUGCCCACACUGCUUCAUUAUCAGCGGUUGCUGUGAAUAACAGAUAUGUAGUUACUGGUAGUAGGGAUGAGACAAUCCAAAUCUAUGACAUGAAAAAGAAGAUAGAGUAUGGGGCAUUGCUACAACAUAAUGGCACAGUGACUUGUCUGGAGUUCUAUGGUAAUGCUCACUUACUGAGUGGAGCUGAAGAUGGACUAAUUUAUAUUUGGAACACAAAGAAAUGGGAAUGUCUUAAAUCCAUUAAAGCACAUAAGGGGCAUGUGACAUCCCUGUCUAUUCAUCCUUCUGGGAAAUUAGCUUUGUCAGUAGGAACAGACAAAACAUUAAGAACAUGGAAUCUUGUAGAAGGACGAUCUGCCUUCAUUAAAAACCUGAAGCAAAAUGCACACAUAAUCAAAUGGUCCCCCAGCGGAGAGAAGUAUGUGGUAGUGAUAUCUAAUAAAAUGGAUAUCUACAAACUCGACACUGCAUCUAUCAUUGGCACCAUCUCAACUGAAAAGCGAAUUUCCUCAGUUAGAUUUAUAACCGAUUCUGUUCUCGCUAUUGCUGGAGAUGAUGAAGUUGUAAGGUUGUACAACUGUGAAUCCCAAAAGUGCCUUUGUGAAUUUAAAGCUCAUGAAAACAGAAUUAAAGAUAUAUACAGCUUUGAAAGAGAAGGGCAACAGGUUAUGGUUACUGCAUCCAGUGAUGGAUACAUUAAAAUGUGGAGUCUCAAUCUCAAUAAGAUCCAGGAUGCUCCAUCUUUACUGUGUGAAGUCAAUACUAAAGCGAGGCUUACAUGUCUGGCAGUAUGGUUGGACACAGCUUCAGAAACUAAAGAAAACUCUGACAAAGCUGAAACCUCAUCCUGUGCAAAUGAAGAUGAGCAGCCAUUGAUUACCAGGAAAAGGAAAGUUUGUUGGACUGAUACUUCUGAUAAAUCAACAAAAGUAGAAAAGCAUGUGAUGCCCAAGAAACAAAAAUUGGGAGGUGCACAGCAAAAGAAGAAAAAAAAUCUGCAGAGCCGAACAUGAGUGUAUAUUUCCCACUCACAUAAUAAGCAGAUAUUAGUAAAUUUGCUACCACUCUU